AUGGAUGUCAUAGAAUUUGUGGUUAAUAAUAUCAAUAAUACCACUUGUGAAUUCAAACGAGAGGUUGCGAAGCUUUUACAAGCCUUUAUUAUAAAUGGGAACUUGGUCUUCCCUAUUGCGGAUCCGCAAGCAAUGUACGAAAACUUAAUAUACAAGAACAGGCAAAAUCCUAGAGUUAAAACCACAAAUAUGAGAAAUACAUUGAGAUACUUUGUAUCACAAAUCCAAACGACUAAUAAUGAACAUGCUGUCAGCAAGGCCACCGACAUGUUGAUGAGAGUUGCUACUACGCAAGAAAAGCUUUAUUAUAAAAAUCUUUCUGAUGUAGUGAAUAAAAAUAUCAAAAGUCAUCGAUAA